AUAUUGCCCCUAAAAGAAAACCAUCUCAAUUAAAAUAGUUGAUAUAAUAUUCAGAAUAUAAUUAAUGUAUUCUGAACAUAUACGGAUGUAUUAUGAUUAUGGGGAGGGAGGAGAAGUUUGAUUUUGUAUAGAAGAAAAACUAUUUACAUGUGGUAACAUUCACUUCAAAUGUCAUUGCCUUGCCCAGUCCUUUCCGGUUCUAUUUUUAAAAUAUUUUUCCUUCUCAUUUUCUUUCAUUUGUUUUAAUUUGUUCGUAAUUAAUUUUGUAGUGACCACUGAAUAAAAUGGUGAACGCAAGUUUAGCAUACGAAAUUCUACUUUACAUAAAUUCGUUUUAUUUCGGUCUAUUCGCAACAUGUGAACUAGGAACGCUGAUCCUGAAAUCCGUAUUGAUUAUAGAGAAGUAUGGAGUCGACAAGGAUCCAACCAAACUAGGCCAAGAUUACGGUGUUUUAUUGGGUUUGUUUGUGAUCGAGGCGAUCAGAUUAAUAUUAGGCAGAAAGGGCAGUCUCAGUGAGAGAGAUGUGCCAGUGAUGUUCUCGGUGCUGCUAACAGUUCCCUCUAUGAUUGGUGUUCUGUAUCUGCUCAUCUGGCAAGUCGUGGUGCUAAGGAUCGAAUACAUCUGGUGCACACUGAUGUUGUCCUUGCAAAUGCUAGAGUUUAUGUUUGCGGCUAUGUUUAUUGUCACUAUGUGUAAAGGCCCGACAUACGACUAAUUUUAAUUUAGUUAAGGCAUUUUAUAAACAAUGUUUUUUCAAUUUGAACUCAUUCGCCAAAGAUUUGUAAUAAGUACAAGAUGCCAACAUCCUCUUAUACUAUUAUGUUUAUAAUAACUAUUUUACUAUUUGAAGUUGCUAGUCAUGGAUAAUUAAAAUAUUUUCAUAAAGGUAAUAAUAUUUAACUACAAGAUUAUUAGCAUUUUUGAAUUACCUGCAACUAUUUUUAUACAGACAGAAAGUAUGUACUUACUAAAAUGUAUGAUAUAAGAUUUUAUUUAUGAAAGUUUAGAUACCUACCAAAGAUUUUAGUUUAGUUAGAUGUGUGUUGACACUACACAACACAAGCCAGUAUUUUAUCACAGAGUGAGUGUUGUAGCACAAAUAUUAUUUGUGUUGUGUGUAAUAUUUUGAAGCAGUUUUUCUGCAAUUUAGAUGUUUGUCUGUGACAGUUCUAUUUAUUAUAGUUCAUCUCAUGAUAACUAAUGUACUUUAAUGUUUUGGAAAGAGUAUAUUUCCCACUUAUUAUUAUUAAGACCAUAAAUUCAGCCCUAUAUGUAACAAAAGUGAUAAUGUGGCCUUUUAUAGAUAUGUAUAGUGUUUAUUAUCAAAGUAAAUCUUCCAUUGUAUUGUAGAAGAUCUUAUUGAUACCAAGUUUGAUGUUUGAAAUGUUAAAAUUGUUGUGCUUUACUAUUAUAGAUAUGCAAUUUUUAUAAUACUUACUUAAUAUUAUUGAACAUGCAACAUAAAUACAUAAACUUAAUAUUUACC